CAUUUCCCGUCACACUCAAACAGAUUUGAAUGUCGUUCAGGGGUAGCUUUUUCUAAUCGAUGAUCUCAAGUUCCCUAUGACAACUUGGUGAAGAGGCUAAAGAAAAACUCCAUGAGAAUGACUAAUGUAUCGUUGAGCUUAGUCGAAGUCUGUGUCGGAAAGGGACAAAGGGAACGAAACGCAAUUUAAAGUUCCAACAAUGCGGUUCAAACAAAGAAGGCAGUGAUUUGCGGUCUCGGUGGUUUUUAUAUGCAGCCCCUGCUAGACAGGGCUGGGUCCCGUUAAGUUCCAGUUGGGAGUCGUCGGCUCCCCAAGAUGUCCAUGGAGGAGAAGGAGUAUGCCGAGGCGGUGCUGGUGACAGAGGCCGGGCCGCAGUGGCUCCGGGCCGAGGUCGAGCGUCUUACCCGGGAGCUCCGUGAAACGACCCAUGAGAAGAUCCAGGCGGCUGAGUACGGGCUCGCGGUGCUGGAGGAGAAACAGCAGCUCAAGCAGCGAUUUGAUGAAUUGGAGACAGAGUACGAGACGGUCCGACAUGAGCUGGACCAGCUGAAGGAGGCCUUUGGACAAGCUCACUCUACCCACAGGAAGGUGGCAGCAGAUGGGGAAAGCAGGGAAGAGUCGCUGAUCCUGGAGUCUGCCAGUAAGGAGGCUCUGUAUCAACAGAAGGUCCUCGAGCUGCAGAGUGAGCUGCGACAGGCCAAAGUCUCACUCACCAGUGUGCAAUCUGAAAAUGAACGCCUGUCAUCUAUUGCCCUUGAGAUGAGAGAGAGUUCCGAUCUGGCAGAACUGCAGCGCGGUCAGCUGCGUGAGGACAUCAGAGAGUACAAGGUGCGGGAGGCUCGUCUGUUGCAGGACUACAGUGAGCUGGAGGAGGAGAACAUCUCUCUGCAGAAACAAGUGUCUGUGCUGAGACAGAGCCAGGUGGAAUUUGAAGGUCUAAAGCACGAGAUCCGCCGUCUUGAGGAGGACUCCCAGUGCUUACACAGCCAACUGGAUGAAGCCGUGGGUCUAAGAGAAAUUGCAGAGCGCCAGCUGGCGGAAGCCUUAGAAACUAUAAAAACAGAGCGCGAGCAGAAGGCUACCCUGCGCAAGGAGCUCUCCCACUACAUGACCAUCGGUGGCUCUGUGUACAACGGCUCUUUCAACAUCUCCAUCGACAACCUCAAACUCCACGAUGACCCCUCUGCCAUCGCCGAGCCUGACAACGACGAUCUCAUCAGAGGCUUUGAGAACGGCCUGGCCAAAGCAGGUGAAGGUGACGAUGACAACAGAGCCCUGGGGAACAAGCGAGGGGACGCCUUUAUGCCGGCUCCGAGCUUGGUGGAUGACCUGCUGAGUGAGCUCAACAUCUCUGAGAUCCAGAAACUCAAACAGCAGCUGAUGCAGGUGGAGCGGGAGAAAGUCGCCCUGAUGAACUCCCUCCAGGAGAACCAGAAGCACCUGGAACAGGCCUACGGGACUGUGUCUGAGCAGAAGGAAACUGUCAACAGGCUGACUGAAAAUCUCAGCGCAAUGAGGAAACUGCAGGCCAGUAAGGAGCGCCAGUCUGCCCUGGACAGUGAAAAAGGAGACAGCCACGAUGAUGGAGACUACUAUGAGCUGGACAUAAAUGGACCUGAGAUCCUGAAGUGUAAGUACACUGUGGCGGUGUCUGAAGCUGGGGAGCUGAGGCAUGAGCUGAAGUCUCUGAGAGCAAAAUACGAGGAGUGUCGGACACAGUAUGAAGACGAGCGAGGCCGGCUGGAUUGCGACAUUCAGGACUUGAGGUCAAGAUUUGCGUCCCUGGAAAAGAUCAGCCAGGCUGAUAAAGCAGAGGUGGCUCGUCUGGAGAAGGAGCUCCAUCUGGUCAGUGAGGCUGCAGGAGAAUCACUGGGCAGCCUCAAUGUGGCUCAGGAUGAGCUCAUAGCUUUCAGCGAAGAGCUGGCUAAUCUCUACAACCAUGUGUGCAUGUGCAACAAUGAGACGCCAAACCGUGUCAUGCUCGAUUACUACAAAGAAGGUAAGGCCAAAGUAAGACGAGGUCAGGAAGGCAAGGAGCACCAGUCUUCUGUACUUCUCUCUAAUGGGCUUAUCACUGACACUGAGUCUGUAAAGGCAGACUCCAGCACCACUAAAGUCACCCCAGUUCCACCCCCCGAGCACCGGCCCGAGUCCAUGAACGUCUACAAUCUCGUAGCCAUCAUCAGAGACCAGAUCCGCCACCUUCAGCAGGCAGUGGAUCGCACCACUGACCUGUCACGGCAGAGACUCGCCAAUCUGGAGCUGAGCACAGUGGCAGACAAAGACAAAGAGGCCUGCAUGGAAGAGAUCCUCAAACUGAAGUCCCUGCUGAGCACCAAAAGGGAGCAGAUCGCCACUCUCCGAGCUGUGCUCAAAGCCAACAAACAGACUGCUGAGGUUGCCCUGGCCAACCUGAAGAGUAAAUAUGAAAGCGAGAAGGCCAUGGUGACUGAGACGAUAAUGAAGCUCCGCAAUGAACUGAAGGCUCUGAAGGAGGAUGCUGCUACGUUCUCCUCUCUUCGAGCCAUGUUUGCCACAAGGUGUGAUGAGUAUGUCACCCAGCUGGAUGACAUGCAGAGGCAGCUGGCUGCCGCAGAGGAUGAGAAGAAGACCUUGAAUUCUUUGUUACGUAUGGCCAUCCAACAGAAACUUGCAUUGACUCAGCGUCUGGAGGAUUUGGAGUUUGACCAUGAGCAGGCGCGCCGUUCCACAGCGGCGGGAGGAAAGGGCAAAACAAAGGCCAAGGGAGCCUCCUCCAACCAUUAAAUCAAUCUUGCCAAGUGUCCUACAGUGGGUCCGUCUGAGUGUCUGACACUUGCCAAUCACCUUUGCGCCUGGUUCCUUCACUCUCUAAUCAUGAUCCUAAUCGUGUUAUCGUUAACACAGGAACAUAUCCAGCAGUAUUUUUUUUUUCCAGGGGCCUUGUUUUAGAGUGCCAAAACAAUUAUGUCACAUUCUGUCAAAACAUUUUAAGUAAAGAGAGAGUGACUCACCGUGUCAGCUGCCCACUGGAGUCCUUCAGUCUUCCAACAAAAGGAACCACUAUUCUAACUGAACCAGAGACAGAAUCAAGAUGGGUGUUUCGCUGAUUGCUUUUUGCCUGUUACUCUGAAUGAGCACUUUUUGUUUUACCGAUUUGCUCUUAGUUUAUUCCUCUUUCUAAAACCAUACUAAUUGUGUCAAAUAUUAUCAACGUUUUUACUGUAUGUCUAGAUUCUCUACGACAUUAUCGAGUGCUUCAACAUUUUUUUAUCUCUAUUUAUUUUUUAAUGAGAACCAGAGAUUUUGUUGUUACUAAAUUAGACCACACCUUUCAACUCACUGGUUGAAAUGAAACAAAAGAGAAGAAGCUUUUCAUGCUUUAGUUGUUUUUCUUUGGCCUUAGAUUUUAUUUUGGGUGCCUUUUCUGACAGUCCAGAGACACAUGGCAUCGUGGUUGUCAGGAUUUUUGUUUACCAUGCUUUGUGUUUGGCUCAUAAAAAACCUCUAACACAUACUAUUCAAAAUAGUAUUAAUAUUCUAAUUAAGUUUUUUAACUUGAUUCAGUACAAUUGGACUCUUUUUUUGUACACAUGACAGAGCUGUUACAUAUCCAGUUGUUACAAAAACAGAGGUUUUAUGAACAUGGAAGAAUAAUGCAAAUAUUAUUUAAAUAUUUCUAAGUUAAGGUCGGAUGUUAAUAGUAUUCAUAAACUUUUAUUUGUGAAUUUGUGUUUUUUAUGCAGUUUUUUUUAAUACAUCCUUUGUGUCAAAUAAUUUCUGCCAACAGUAAUCCUUCAGUGCCAUUUUCUAUUUGUUUAUUAAGCAAGUGCAAUGUAUUAAAAUGGCAAGGAGUAAUUGUUAAAAAAAUAUAUAUAUAUUUUACACAUUGUUGUUCCCAAACAUGGUCCUAAUGAAUUUUACAUGUUUUUGUUUUAACCACAGCUGUAUUUAUUUGACACUGUUCAGACUACAGGAUGUCAUUGUCCUUUUUUGGUUUCACGAGGGAGUUUUCAGAAGAGGUAGCUGGUCAGUAACGAUACGACUGAACUUGUGCUAAGAUUCAUGACUGCGGCCUGCUAUUGGUUGCUAACAGUUAUGGCUUGUGAAGAAAUAAAUAUAACUUUCACAA